GAAGAAGAACUUCCGGUGGCCGAUCCACUGCCUGAUGUGUCUGCGCGAGGGAGCUGAUAGUCCCUCUUCGUAUCUCUGAAUAUAUUACUCAGCGUGCUGUUGUAAUGAACCCGAUUGGCAUGCUAACUUUGUAUUUUGUCCCGUUUUGUUGUAAGUGACGGUGGUACACCAAAAUUAAAUUAAAAAACGGUGGUGCCGUGAAGCUAAUGAGCAUUAGCUAGAGCAGGCUAGCUAUCCAAAACAGAGCCAAGAUGGACGAAGCUGUCGGAGCUGCUGCUGCUGCGGUCAGAGAGGACGGAGCUGAAAUGAGACCCCCCAACGGAGACCCAGCAUCUGGAGACAGCAAGUGUCCAGCGGCUGAGAGCAACAGUGAAAGGGUCGGGGUUUUCUGCUGUCAGGACUGUGGGGAGACCUUCAGCGAGGAGGCAGCCUACACGGAGCAUUGUCAUCAGCAUUCAGACAAAAAAAAUGAUGGUGCAGAAAAGGACACAGAAAAACAUUUCUGUACUCUUUGUUCUCUAUCAUUUGUUGGACCAAGUGAGUUCCACUCACACAUGGAAAAGACACAUGGUGAAGCCUCCCAGAAACAGCCUGAUGUUCAACAAAAUCCUGGAACAAGUCAACACACCUAUGAAUGUCCUGACUGUGGAAAAUGUUAUGAAGUAUUCGGACACUUUCUCAACCAUCAGCGUUCACACAGACAAGCCUCCAAAUCAGUUUUUCAUGACCUUGAACAUUUGAAAAAGAAGUCAUUUCAGUGUGAGUCUUGUGGCCGGAGUUAUUCUCGAGCCUCAGCUCUUGAUGCACACCGGCGCUGUCAUGAGGAAAAGUUAGUGAAGGCACGAAACAAGAGUUCAGGCGAUGCAGUCCACACUGAGGAGUCAACAGUUGAAGCCAAGCCUUCUCCAAAACAGACAGACAACACUCCUGAGAAAAAAUAUAAGUGUUCAUGUGGUAAAGCGUUUACUGCUCUGAUGCGCCUUAAAACGCAUCAAAGAUUCAGCCGCAACAGUCAGUGCUCUCCAGAGGACAUGAUAGACAAACCAAAGAAAGCCGGCAGUGAAUUUCAAUGCACUGAGUGUAAUAAGACUUUUAGUAGCCAUAUAGCUCUCUUCAACCAUCAGCGAUGGCAUUCCAAUUUCUCAAGUGAUCCUUCAAAAAAGUUCCCAUGUGAAUUAUGUGGAAAAGCAUUUGUGACUCUCAGCUUCUACUACAGGCAUCAGCGUACAGUGCACAGUGAUGAGACCCCAGCUAAGUCCUUCCUUCACCAAGUGUGUCAGCUACAGAAGAAAGCGUUUGAAUGUAAAGACUGCGGGCUUAAGUUUUCCAGGGAAUCAGCACUUCACUCCCAUCAGCUCCUUCACACGGAUAAUUUCAGAGAAACAGAGAUCGGGCAGACCCCCCUGCAUCCCGAACAGAACACUCUGGAAAGUGAAAGAAAGGACACAGAGCAGGAAGAAAUGAAACCAGAGGAUGUGCUUUUUACCAGUGCUUCUGAAAACGAAGUAAAUGUAGAUGAAACUGAUGAGGACGUUGAGUGUUAUGGACCUGGGGACUUCAAUGUACAGGUGAUAAGUGCAAGUGAAUCUGAGGGGGAGGAGGAGGAGGAGGAGUCCGUCCAAGACCUGAAUCCUGAUCUAGAGCUGCUGUGUGAAUCAGAUCAGGAACAACGAGAUGACGGUGACACUGGACCUUUUGCCAGCAGAACGUUUUCAAAACCAGAACUGGAUUUGAAAAUCGUACAAAUUGACUUUGAGCCAGCUGACGUGCAGUGUGCUCCGAUAGAGAGGGAGCCCGAGGGUAACUCGACAGGGGAAAGAUUUGAUUGCCCAGAUUGUUACCGUUGGUUUACUAGUGCUUCAUCACUGCGCGUUCACAGAAUGUGGCAUGGCAUUCGUAAGAGGAAACACCAGACUCAAGGUCAGUCAGAGGCAGCUCACACAUUCGACACAUGUGGCCAUGAGGCCAGUAGCUUUGUAUCACACCGCAGUCACAUACAACACCACACAAAUCAAAACACAAACAAUGAUGUAAUGUAUCCAACAGAGGGAUCAGAAAAGAAAAAUUUGACUUGCAAUGAGUGUGGUAAAUGCUUCUCCAGAUUGUCUGCUUUAGUCUCACACCAGUUGCAUCAUCCUAAAAGAAAACAAUUCCAAUGCCCUGACUGCAUGAUGUCUUAUUCCUAUGCUGCUAGCUUGUUUAAUCAUAUGAAAAACUGCUCUUCACAAAAGAAAGACAAUUCUUCUGACACUCAAAAAGCGUACAAUCCAAAGAAAACCCUGCUAGGCCCAAAGCUUUAUCAUUGUGAACAAUGCGGGAAGGGUUUUUGGUCCCUGGGAGCUUACUCCCAUCACAAGCAAAAUCAAACUCAGUGUGUAGAUUUGAGGCUCAGGAAAGGUGAUAUAGAUUCUUUGCACAUGGUUAAUGGACACUCACGCUCCAGUGUUAAAGUUGCGUGUCCGGUAUGCGGUAGAAAGUUCCGCCACAAGGGCAUUAUGGCGUUACACAUGCGAAAACAUGAAAAUGGAAAUCAUAAAUGCGAGCUCUGCAACAGGUCAUUCCGUCUUUUUUCCAGCCUCCUCAGACAUCAGGUAGUGCAUAGUGACCAGUUACUCCCACCUCCUAUCAAGUCUUUCCAACAUCAGGUCGAUCAGUUAAAAAAGAACACAUACAGCUGUCCUGACUGCGGGAAGCUGUUUUCACGGGCCAAAGCGCUUCAAUUUCACAUGAAAAGCCACGGGUACGAGACCGGCCACUCGCCAUCGUCACCCAAAUCCUCUGUGACUCUGGAGGAUCUCCAGUGUGCAACAUGUCUCGCACAUUUCAAUAACAAGGCCUCUUUGAGGGCUCAUCAAAAACUUUGCAUCAAAAGAGAAAGUCAAGCUUUUAAUUGUACAGCAGACCCCUCAGAAAAUGAUGCUACUAAAUGGCCCAAGAGUAGUAUGGAGGCGAGCACACCGGAAACCUCCAAGCAAAUAACAGUUACAAAAGUUAAGCAGGAAGUGGACGGUGAGGAGCAAACGGCGGGAAAUGAAACGGGUUUUGGCACGAACAAUUUAAAAUACAAAUGCAAAAAGUGCGACAGAAGCUUUUCAGUGAUUGGAGCUUUAAAUUUCCACAAAAGGAUUCAUGUAGAGAGUUACAAACCUGUAGUUAAAUCAAGAUUGUCCAUGUCCGUGAUGCUUAAGAAAUCUAAACAGGAAGACUCGACUAAAGGUCUAUUUCACUGCUCCGAAUGUGGAAGGAGAUUCAUGUCAAACUCAGCGCUCGGCUCCCACAGACGAUGGCACAAAGAAAAGAAACUGUCGCGGUCCUUGCCAAAAGAUGAUGAUUUGAAAUCUCUUAGCAACAAGACAGACGUCGGACCCUUUCAUUGUGACAAAUGUGGCAAACAGUUUUUCAAUCAUUGUGUUCUCCAGCGCCACCAGAUGUUUAAUCCUCUGUGUCAGACCAAGCCUGAGCAAGAGCCGGAUUCAGACAAGAUCACAAGGAGCAGCGUCAUGCAGGAAAAACCUGAGUUUUCAUGUCCAGAAUGUAAAAAAACAUUUGUGCAGCAUUCACUGCUAGCUGCUCACUGUGAAAAUGAGCACAGUCAAACUUUGAAAGCCGCACAUCUUCAAGGACACCACCACGGCUUGGUUGAGGAAGUCCAAGAACAUGUGGAUACGACUGUUCACAAGUGUGAGUCUGUGUCUUCAAAUGUGAAGCACAAAGUUCACCAGUGUCCCCUCUGCUCUCUGGCAUUUGCUAAAGCAAGAGGACUGCGUGCCCACAGAUGGCAGGUUCACUCGAGGGGCACUAAAAGCAAAAGUAAUCUGAUCUUGAGCAUAAAGAAUCCCCUAGCUUCAAGUAGUGAAGUCAGCACUGAUGAUUCUUCAGUUGUAGAAAAUGCUAUAGUGAAAGAUAUCCCUGUUGGUAGAGAGAAGAAAAUCAAAAUAGACCCCUCGCCCGUGAAGUUGAGCUCAUGCCUUAACAGUGUGAAGCAGAGUAGCUCUGCAGGAGGUGCCAUCUUUGACCAUACGAAAGAGGGCCUGGAGGUAAAGCAUGGGUCCAAACAGGAGAUCCUUACUCCUGAAACCACGGCAGAGAUUUCCCCACCUGGUGCCCGCUUGUCUGAGCACACAGUCAAAUGCCUCUUCAAGUGUGACAAGUGUGGGAAAGCUUUCCAGACAGAGGAACAACUGGGCAGCCAUAAGACCAAAGCAAAGAGCCGGCCUUAUUGUUGCGCCCUUUGUUGUCAAGGCUUUUGGACUGAGAGUCAGCUGCAGCAACACCUCGCCUGGCACGAUGAAGUCCGCUGUCGACUCCCAAACGAGGUCCGGUACAGGCUCAGUGCCGCUUUGACCUCAAAGCCUCUUAAACUCAUCAUGGCCUCUGCUAGCACCAAAGGGAAGUCCUCUCCCAUCAAACCUGACAGCCUGUCACAAAACAGCCACAAGUGCCAACAUUGUGGCAAAGCCUUUCUUUCACCGUCUGCGUUACAGAAACAUGAAACUCAACAUUGUAAUGACUCGUAUCACUGCUCAAUUUGUCCCAGGACCUUCAGCGAGAUACAGGACCUGAUCGAUCAUCACCAGGAAUGUAUCGGUGAUUACAAAAAGCUGAAUGACGCCCCUGCUGCUGUCACAUCAGGAGAAACCACUGGCCUUACUUGCCUUGAAUGUGGAACUACUUUUAGUCAAGAAACUGAUUUGCACCAGCACUAUACAGAACAUGCCCGUGGAGUGUUUUAGGCUGAACUACCUGAAAAGGACUGAGAUGAGAUCAAGACACUGUAGAUUGUAGAUUUGUUUAUUAUUAUUAAUUCAGAGUUUGCCAAACUACCCAAAUGUGUGAAGCAAGAAAUUCUUUGUGAGACUGUCGUGUUGGUUGGGUAUAAACAUGCUUUCUCUAUUGACUGUAUACGUAGGAUUUGUUUUAAUGUUAAAGUUGUUGUUAAGUUGUUUGAGUUACAUUUCCAUACCCUGGCCUUUCCUCUACACUGGAUUAGUAUCUUUGUACAAAUGAUAGAUCUCAUGGAUGGACUUUUCUAGCCAUCAUUUGAUUCACAUUUGAAUAGAUCUCUUGGACCUUGUCAAUCACUGGAUGAUGUAUGGUAGUUUGUAUCGAAACAUGAGAACAUGAUCUAGAAACAUUUAUGCAUGUUACCUAUUUCAUAGAGCAAUGAAAGUGAGUCACUUGUAUUACUAAGCUUAUGAAGCUAUGGAAUGAAUUCAGCACAAAAACUGUGUUUACAUUUUUCUGGUAUCAUCUUUGAGAGAUUGGGGUUUUGCAGAAUUAAGGUGUUUAUGCCACGUUCAGAGAGCAGACAUCGAAGUGAGUGAUCUGUACCAUUUAUGUAGAUUGAUCACAGAAAUGUGCUGAUGUUAAACACCACAGCAGGGUACCAGCUGAAGACAUUUCAUAAUCAAGUGGUUGUAUGAUGUUUGCAUCAUAUUAGUAUUAUUUGUUGUUUACGCUCCCGUUCAUUCCUUUUCUGUUAGAUGUUGUGAGAGGAUAAAAACUAAAGUAACACUGUCAUGUAGAGAAGUUGUUAAUCUAAACUUGUAGAGUGAGAAAUGGUAUUUGUGUUGUAGAAGAGAUGUAACUUUAUUAUAUUAAUAUUUAAUUUCUUCAGAUGACCAGAUCUGCACUUAGAUGACUUGUUGAACUUGCUGUAUUUGAAAGAAAGAAGAAAUUCUGCUGAAAGUUCAAAUAAAAAGAUUAAUUCUUUGCCUGAA